AUGGGCGAGCGACGCAUCACACGGAGCCUGUCUGGCUCGAUUGGUGGCGGGAGUGCAGGCGCGCAUGCAGCGUUUGGCUUUUCAAUGGACCCGGGCAUUGGCAUUGGCUCGGGGCUCGGGUUUGCCGCUCCGGUCGCCGCCACUGAUGCGAAUGCUGCAUCGAUGACCACCAGCGCGUCGCCAGGCCGGGCAGCAGGGCAGCAGCAGCAACAAGGGCAGCAGCAGCAACAAGGGCAACAGCAACAGCAGCGAGAGCCGAGACUAAGUGCGAGGAACCUCGCACUUCCCGACGACCGCAGCGCCCUUGCUGGAACGAGCGCGUCGUCCAUGCGCUCGGCUGCCUCCACGGCAUCGUCAGGGGCGCAUGCAGCGUCUCUGGGUGCGCUGCGGCGGGGUGGCGCUUCGGGACACUCGCUGGCUGGACGGCGCGGAGGAGGCAACAACAACCACGACGACACCAACAACAACCGCUCGAGCAGCGGCGAUGCCACGGCCGACGACGCAGACCACCCGCUUGCCGUGACACGGUCGAACGGCAGCGCCAUCCAAGUGUCCCUGCGAGGCGAGGCGCUGUGGAAGCGAUUCAGCGAAAACACGACCGAGAUGAUUCUCACCCGAAACGGACGCUGCUUGUUCCCAGUGCCCAAGAUUGACGUUGGCGGCUUGCAGCCGAACGCGUUGUACUCGAUCGUGCUCGAGUUUGUCCCUGCCAACGGCGCGCGGUGGAAGUUUGAUCUCGUCGACCAAGAGUGGCGGCCGCUGGUUGGGCCGUCCCGACCAAUCACCCAGGCGAGCUACACGCACCCGGAUUCGCCUGCGCUGGGAUCCGUGUGGAACGCCUCCAAGAUCAACUUUAACAAGCUCAAGAUCACCAACGUGCCCAACACGGGCGAUCACGUCGUGCUCAACUCGUUCCAAAUGUACAAGAUGGUCGUCCGCAUUGAUCAGCUCAACCCAGCCACCAACCAGCCCACGUCAACCGUGUUUAGCGAAACGCUGCCGUACUCUUCGUUCAUUGCCGUGACAGUCUACCAGGGCCUUGCCAUGCGCGAACUCAAGAAGAGCACCAAUCCCCACUCUGGCAUCCAACACCACCAAUCGCAAAAAGAGCUGCUGCUCGCCGCCGCCGCCGCCGCCGCCACGACUGGAACUGCAAAGAGCAAAGGUAACAAGCGGCGCCCAACUGGUGCUGCUGUCGCCUCUGCCGAUUCUGGCUCGACGGACGAAGAACCGCAGUUCAGAGAAGCGAAGGACGAUCGGGCAAAGCGCAUUCGUCUCGACACCCAGCGGCAAUCUCCACCGCGCAACGGCAACAACAACGGCAACGGCAACAACAACAGCAACAGCAACAGCAACAGCAACAGCAACGGGCUCCUUCAACAGUCAGAUCUCAUCUCUGGUAGCCAAUUUGACUUUCUCCAGAAUGAGCUCAACUUGUUCAAUUCCGCCUUUUUGCAAUCCGGCAACUCGAUCAAUCCCUCCGCUUCUACUUUCAGCUUGUUUAAAAACGCGGCGGCGGCUGCACUCGCCGAAACUCAAGCACCCAGCACCUCGUUCGCACAGCCGUCCGACUCGACAAUCACCGGUGGCAACCCGUCCCGGAUGUUGCUGCAUAACGCCGACAGCCUGCGGUCGGGGAGCUCCAACUCGGUGCUGGGCAUCAUUCCAUCGUCUUCUGCGUUUGCGCUGGCUGCUGCCGCCGCCCACAGCCACCAGCUUGGCUUGCUGAGCUUGCCUCCCAGCUCCAAUGCCCCUUCCAAUGCGCUUCCAACCACCAAUGGGGCUGUCGCAGCCGUCAAACAGGAGGCAGAAUCGACGACCACUGGAUCGGCUCCCGCAGCAUCAUCAUCAUCAGCAGCAGCAGCAGCGUCCGCCGCCGCUGCGCAAACCUCACCCCAAGCUCAAGAAAAGGCGCGGCUUUUGGGCCAGCGACGCCACGGUGGUCGCUUGUCCGGGGCUCAGCACAGGGGGGACACCUUGGCUGGGCCUGAUAACUCAAUGUUUGCUGCACCCAAUUCGACCCUCUUUGGAGGGUUUGCCAGUUUCGAGGUCCCUCCAGCUCCAUCCGCACACAUGCGCACCACUCCCUCUCCAUUGCAGUUGCAGAACAAUGAUGCAAGCCCGCCAGUCAUGUCGUCGCAUCCCAUGCGCACACGUCGAAGCAUCACCAGUCAGGAUGGGCUGGCGCUUCACCAACCCCACGCACCGCAGCACCAGGCGCAGUAUCAGCAACAACAGCAGCAACAGCAACUGCAACAACAACAACAACUGCAACAACAACAACAGCAGCCGCUCGACCAACCACAACAAACGCAGCCCUGGCGAUCGCAGCAAAACCAGCUCACCCACGUUUUUAGUGCGUCAGCGCAGUCGUUUCCGUCGCUGUUGGCCACUUUUGGCGCCGGAGGCCUUGCAGGCUCGGCCAGUGUCAACGCUUCCUCGUUUUCUCUCGCGGACAGCCAGCCGUUGGCCCAAUGGCUCAGCUCGUUUGCCGACCCGAAUGCUCUUCCGUUUUCGCGUGAGUCCGUCAUGCAUCUGUCGGAUCUGAAAGGCAGUCUUUCUGGAGGGUUGAGCUCGCUCGGACUCGGGAGACGCGAUGUGCCGAUGGCCACGCAGUUCGGAUUUGGUCCGAUUGGCACGCAGUUUGGCGUUGCCCCGAUGCCACAGCCCACCUUGCAACAGUUGCAGGUGCGACAGCAGCAAUUCCAGCAAGAGCAGCAGCAGCAGCAGCAGCAGCAACAGCAGCGACAGCUUCAAGAGUUUCAGCCGCAAGCACCGUAUCAACAAUUCGGGCACACUCAGCAGCAACAGCAGCAGCCAUUCUACAACCAACAGAACCAACAGAUGCAGACGCCGCCGUCUGCCAGUAACCUGUUUGCCUCGUUUAGUGGAUUUGGAGGACUGGAUCCCUCAAUGACACUGUCCGCCAACUCGUCGGGUGGCGUCGCGCAGUUUGCCUCUGGGCGCCGCGUCACGCGCAGCAUGUCUGGCUCGUCAGGCCAUCCAUUCCCCUCCAUGGAGAGCUCUGCGGCACCUGCCACGAGUUCUCAAACCUAUCCCCCAGCAGCAGCAGCACAGGGCCUGGACCAAGACCAGAACGCAAGUGGCGCCAUGCUCACCACUCCGAUGGGCUCGUUUGCAUCCAACAACAACAACAACAUGCUCCGUCCAUCUUUUUCUUCCGAAGGCCUGCCCCUGCCUCCACCGUCCACGAUUGGCAUCGAGCUGGUUGGCAAAGAUCUUUGGGAGCAGUUCCACCAGCUGGGCACCGAAAUGAUUCUCACCAAGAAAGGGCGCUGUCUGUUCCCGCACCCAGUGAUUCGUUUGACCGGGCUGCAACCCGACGCCAAGUACACUGUCAUUCUUGAGCUUUCUCCAGUCGACAGCACGCGCUGGAAGUACGCCAAUGCAGAAUGGCAGCCGAACGGCCGCAUCGCGCUUCCGCUGCUGCCAACGUUGUGCACCCACCCAGAUUCGCCCGCCACCGGUGAGGCAUGGAUGGCAAAGGAGGUUUCGUUUGUUCGAGUUCGCGUCACCAACACCUUCAACGAGACGGGAAAUGUUCUCUUGAACACAUUCCAAAAGUAUGUGCUGCACUUCCACGUCGUUCAAGUCGACUCUGUCACCCACGCCCCGCGUGUGGUCGAGACGCGCCGCUUCCCGGAGACGGAGUUCGUUGCCGUGACUGUCUACCAAAACGUGAACAUUCGCAAACUCAAAAAGCAAACCAACCCGCACGCGACGCGAGAUUUUGACACUGAGGUUGAGGAGGACGAGUCGUGA